AACAACAGCGCCCUCUGUUGGUGGGAAUUUAAGUAAUGUUAAAAAAGUCUCUGAUGCCGAACCACUUCUAUCGAGAAAAAUCCUGAAAAUGAUGAAAUUAUUGAAGAUAUCAUCGUUGAAAUGCCUGAUGAGCCUCUUCAGGUCGAUACGAACGAUGAAGCAACUUCAAAAGAUUCAAUUCGUGAGAGCCAUCUAUUGUCCGGAAGACGAAGACGUCAUGAUUUUGAAGCUACAACACCUCCUUCAAAUACUGAACUUUCCCAAAACGAACGUCCCAAAGUCGUCUCCUUAAGUUCCUUCUGGAAAGGCGAAGGUUCUCGCGAAAAAAUCCGUGCCACACAGGCUCAAAUCAUGAAACAAUACAUCGAUAACUCGAUCGACCCCUGUAACGAUUUCUACCAAUAUGCAUGCGGCAAUUGGGAACGCUUGAACCCCAUUCCAAAAGAUAAGGCUGCUUUUGAUACAUUUGAGAAGCUUCGUGAAAGUUUAGACACCGUUCUUCGAGACUUACUACUUGAAGAACCUGAAAAUUCUCAAGUUAACACUGAAGCACCUUUGGUUCAACCAUUAGUUGAAUCACCUGAUGUUCAAAAUGCCCUCGAUGUUAUCGCGAGAUUCCUUCAACGAAGACAUCCGAAUAAUGUUCUGCUGACAAAACUUCAGCUACGUCACGAAGUUCGUCGAAAAAGACAACUGGAUCUUACAAAAUUGGAAACGAACCAAAAUGAAGCUGAAGUUAAAGCUCGUAACCUUUUCCUAUCAUGUAUGAACUAUAACUUGUUGGAAAAGAGAGGAGUUGAACCAAUUUUAGAACUUGCCAAAUCUCUCGGAGGUUGGCCUGUUCUUGAUCCAACUUGGAAUGAAUCGUCUUUUGAUUGGCUCAACUUGACAGCGAACCUUCGAUUGCAUAACAAUGACAUCUUCAUCGUUGAAUGGGUAGGACCUGACAUCAAAAGUAGCGAUGAGAAUGUCAUUCAAUUCGAUCAAACAAGUCUCGGACUUCCCACGAGGGAAUAUUUCUUGAAAGAAUCCAAUCGACCAUACCUUGAAGCUUAUCGGGAGUACAUGAUAACUGUGAUAAACAUCCUCGGAGCUGAAUAUACAGCAGCAGUAAGGGCUAGUAAUGAAAUUAUCGAGUUCGAGAUCAAGUUGGCAAACAUCACAAGUUCACCAGAAGAACGUUCAAACGUUUCAAUCUUGUAUCGACGAAAAACUGUGGAAAGUUUGAUGAACGAAAUCCCUAAAAUCAAUUGGCAGCAAUAUCUUAAAACAGUUUUGGGACAAGACAUUUCCCUUAAUGAAACUGUCGUAAUGUUCGCCACAGAGUACAUGAAGAACUUAGUAGCUCUCGUGGAAGAAACUGAACCUCGGAUCGUCGCCAAUUACUUGAUGUGGCGUUUCAUCCGACAUCGUGUCAAUAAUGUUGAUGAUCGAUUCAAUGAAGCUAAACAACGAUUCUACUUUGCGCUCUUUGGGCGUGAAGAGUCGCCGCCUCGUUGGAAGAACUGUGUGAAUCAAGUGAACUCCAACAUGGGCAUGGCAGUUGGAGCGAUGUUCGUGAGGAAGUAUUUCGAUGAAAACAGUAAGCGAGAUACGAUGACGAUGACUCAUGAGCUUCAACAAGCUUUUAGGGAAAUCCUGAACUCCACAGAAUGGAUAGAUGUCGCCACUAAACACUUGGCAGAGUUAAAAGUCAAUGCAAUGUCCUUGAGGAUCGGUUAUCCCGACUUCAUUCUGUCCCAAGAAGAGCUGAAUGAGAAAUAUAAAGACUUGGAAAUCGAUGCUGAUAAAUACUUCGAAAACACUUUGAACGUUUUGAAACAUUUAACGCGAACGGAACAAUCGAAGUUGAGACAAGCUGUGAACAAAACUGCAUGGAAUACAGCUCCAGCUGUCGUUAAUGCCUAUUACAGUCGCAAUAAGAAUCAAAUAAUGUUCCCAGCUGGAAUCCUUCAACCUCCGUUCUACCAUCGAUAUUUCCCAAAAUCCUUGAAUUACGGCGGAAUUGGGGUCGUUAUCGGGCAUGAACUCACUCAUGGCUUCGACGAUAAAGGACGUCUUUUUGAUCGCGAAGGAAACUUACAUCGUUGGUGGAGUGAAGAAUCAAUUAAAGAGUUCCAUGGAAGAGCUCAAUGCUUGAUCAAUCAAUAUGGCAACUACACAGUUCAAGAAGUUGGUAUCGCAGUAGAUGGAGAAAAUACGCAAGGCGAGAAUAUCGCAGAUAAUGGCGGGAUUAAACAAGCGUACAAGGCAUACAAAAAAUGGUUGGAGGCACAAACAGAUCCGGAAGUGCUUGAACAUGAAACACUUCCGGGAUUGAAUGCCACGAGUACGCAAUUGUUCUUCCUGAAUUUUGCGCAAGUUUGGUGCGGAGCAAUGAGACCAGAAGCUUCGAGAAAUAAAUUGAAGACAGCAGUUCAUAGUCCAGGGAAGUUUAGAGUGAUUGGAACGUUGUCGAACUCGCCGGAUUUUGCCAAAGAAUACAAUUGCCCGGUAGGAUCGCCGAUGAAUCCAGAGAAAAAGUGUAAAGUUUGGUGAUAAAAAAUG